GGGGCCAUGGCCGCCCGGUGAGGCGGCGAGGCGGGGGGGCGGCCCGACCCCCCGGCCCCGGGCCCUGGGCCCCGGGGAGAGGCGAGGACGGACCGACGGACAUGGGGCUCCGGAGCAGCCGCCGCCGCCGCCGCCGCCGGAGGACGCGGCCCUGAGAGGCCGCCGGGCCCCGGCGCGGCCCCCCGGGCGGGCCGUGUUGCCGCCCGCUGUGCUAUGAGCAGUCAGAGCGCCGUCUCCACAAGAGUUUACAAAUGAAAAUGGAGGAAAUGUCUUUGUCUGGCCUGGAUAACAGCAAACUAGAGGCCAUAGCUCAGGAGAUAUACGCGGACCUGGUCGAGGAUUCUUGUUUGGGAUUCUGCUUCGAGGUACACCGGGCUGUCAAGUGUGGCUACUUCUUCCUGGACGACACGGACCCUGAUAGCAUGAAGGAUUUUGAGAUCGUGGACCAGCCGGGGUUGGACAUCUUUGGACAGGUUUUCAACCAGUGGAAGAGCAAGGAGUGUGUCUGCCCCAAUUGCAGCCGCAGUAUUGCUGCCUCCCGCUUCGCUCCCCACCUGGAGAAGUGCCUGGGAAUGGGCCGGAACAGCAGCCGCAUCGCCAACCGCCGGAUUGCCAAUAGCAACAAUAUGAACAAGUCCGAGAGUGACCAAGAGGAUAACGAUGACAUCAAUGAUAACGACUGGUCCUAUGGCUCAGAGAAGAAAGCCAAGAAGAGAAAAUCAGACAAGCUGUGGUAUCUCCCAUUCCAGAACCCCAAUUCCCCUCGAAGAUCCAAGUCUUUAAAACACAAAAAUGGGUUCUCUGUCUGUACCUCUGCAUCAAACACCCUUCCCCUUCUUUUUUCUUCUUCAGGGGAACUUAGCAAUUCGGAUCCUUUUAAGUAUAACAACUCAACUGGGAUCAGCUACGAGACUCUGGGGCCAGACGAGCUGCGUAAUCUGCUCACCACGCAAUGUGGGGUGAUUUCUGAACACACCAAGAAGAUGUGCACAAGGUCCCUGCGCUGCCCCCAGCACACAGAUGAGCAGCGGCGAGCCGUGCGGAUUUAUUUCCUCGGACCCUCAGUCGUCCUUCCAGAGGUCGAGAGUUCCCUGGAUAAUGACAGCUUUGACAUGACUGACAGCCAGGCCCUGAUCAGCCGGCUUCAGUGGGACGGCUCCUCUGAUCUCUCACCCUCUGAUUCAGGCUCCUCCAAGACGAGUGAGAAUCAGGGAUGGGGUCUAGGUACCAACAGCUCUGAGUCACGGAAAACCAAGAAAAAGAAAUCCCAUCUGAGCCUGGUAGGGACUGCCUCCAGCCUAGGCUCCAACAAGAAGAAGAAGCCAAAGCCACCGGCACCCCCAACGCCCAGCAUCUACGAUGACAUCAACUGACUUGGGUGCAGGGAUAGCCUUUGGCUGAGCAGAGCCCUCUCUCCCAACCCCCACCCAGGUGGCAAAGCCUGGCAAAUGGACGGCUGCUGGGGGUUUGGGCUUGGGAAGCUUGGUGGGCCAGGCAGGCAGAGGAUCCAAUUAUGCACCCCUGGGGGGUGUCAGGGUCCUCUGCAAUGGAGCACGACCCCUUGGCAUGCAGGACUCAGACCUGGACAUACUAUGCCUUGGACAUAAGUUUGGUGGGGAGGCCGUUUUCCUAUUUAUUCUGUGAGUUACUGGAUGUCCAGCUAGGCCAGGGGCCUGACCUGGGCACUGUGCCAGGGCACUGCCUGCCCCCCACCCCAGGAACUGGACUAAGCCCUGCCGAGAAGCAUCGUGGCUACCCGGGAGGCUGUGGGUUGGAAGCUGAGCCUGGAGGGGGCCUCCCCCAGCUGCCCUCAGCAAUGUGAAUGGGUCCGGUGCUUGGAGCUGAGGGGCAGGGCUGGGCGUGUCCUGUCUGUGUGCAGAAUCCUAUCAAAUGCCCCCAAUCCCAGGGGUAGGCAGGCACAGCAAGCUGUCUGCUGAGGUGGGCGUCCAGAGCUGCCACCGCCUUCCCUGCCCCCCACAGGGGCAGCCCUUUCCCCUCAGUCCCCAUGGGC